AAAAAAACGCGCUUCAUUCCUUCUUCCACCGCCAUACUGUAUUUUAUCCUAAAUCUCAUUUUUAUUCCAACAUUUUACUCCCUCUCGUGGAAGGUUUUUCUGGAAAAAAAAAAAAAAAAUGAAGUGCGGUUUGGUUUCCUUGUCAACGGAGGAUGAAGUGAACAGCUGAGCAGCUCGCAGAGAGCAGGAUUAAAACAAGGUGAGCCAACCAUGACUGGCAAAACACAGACCAGCAAUGUCACCAAUAAGAAUGACCCCAAGUCCAUCAACUCGCGUGUUUUCAUUGGCAAUCUAAAUACAGCCAUUGUCAAGAAAGUUGACAUUGAAGCCAUUUUCUCAAAGUAUGGAAAAAUAGUUGGCUGCUCAGUUCACAAAGGUUAUGCAUUUGUACAGUACAUGAGUGAGCGGCACGCAAGAGCUGCAGUGGCUGGAGAAAACGCCAGGAUCAUCGCAGGCCAACCGCUUGGUAGACUGCCAACUUCCUCUUCAUUUGUUAGGUGUGAUAUCAACAUGGCAGGAGAACCCAAACCAUACAGACCAAAACCUGGAAAUAAGAGGCCCCUUUCUGCACUUUAUAGACUUGAGUCAAAGGAGCCUUUCCUGUCUGUUGGUGGUUAUGUCUUUGACUAUGAUUACUACAGAGAUGAUUUCUACAAUAGGUUAUUUGAUUACCAUGGGCGUGUGCCUCCACCUCCCCGCGCAGUAAUUCCACUGAAGCGUCCCAGAGUGGCUGUAACAACAACUCGCAGGGGGAAAGGAGUCUUUUCCAUGAAAGGGGGAUCAAGAUCUACUGUCAGUGGAUCUUCUUCAUCAGGCUCUAAAUUGAAAUCAGAUGAAUUACAGACAAUCAAGAAAGAAUUAACCCAGAUCAAAACUAAAAUUGACUCCUUGCUAGGGCGCCUGGAGAAGAUUGAGAAGCAGCAGAAGGCGGAGGCAGAAGCUCAGAAGAAGCAAUUGGAAGAGAGUAUAGAGCUGAUCCAAGAUGAAUGUGUGUCAGAGAAUGCAGACCACUCUACAGAGGAGCCUGCUGAAGGAGGGCCAGAUGCCGAUGGAGAAGAGAUGACUGAUGGGAUAGAGGAGGACUUCGAUGAAGAUGGGGGUCAUGAGCUGUUUCUACAGAUAAAGUGAUUUGAAGUAAUGAAUGAUGCCAUGAAAGCAGAAAAGAAACUGUGACAACACCCAGAAAUGUGAAAGGAGGCUUCUUACUGCAUAACAGUAUCUUUGGUUCAAUUUAUAAAAACCCAAAUAAAAUGGACAAUAUUGUUCAAUUUUAGAAAUUCCAUUUCUUCUAUGUUCUAAGCUGUAUAAUUGUCAGGUUUUAUGGUUUAGAUUGUAAAUGUGUUUUUUCCCUUUGCUAAUUAUGUUUUUUUUUAAGUCUUAAAAUGUGGAGGACAUUUAUGAAUGGUAAGGGAGACACUGUAUACAAAUGUAUAUUUGUAAAAGCUAUUUUUAUGAUUAGCAUGUUUUACUGUUGAUCAUAUAUAAAAGUCAAGUGAUAUUGCAAUUAUACACUUAAAACUUAUUUCCAACAAUGUCAUGUAAGAAAAGAUGCAUUGUAUGCUAGUUUUUAUAAUUUAUUUUUAAGUUAUAGUUUAAAGUACUUCAGAUCAUAAGGAUAAAAUACUUGAAAAGUUUUAUUUCUGCCCUCAAUAAGCACCAUUUUUGUUAAUAAAUACUGCAAAUAUUUCAGAUGUAAUUCAAUAGCUAAAGGACUGUUGGUUUGACCUGUGAUUAAAUUGAGCAUUCUCUGCUCGACUGAACUGAAAUGACCCAAUUAUUACCCAAUAUUUCAGUCUGGGUAGGAGAUCCCAUGGACAGGUUUUAAUGCCAAUACAGGUGAGAACUAGAUUCGCAGGGAUGAUUGCCUUGUCUUUGGAUCCAAAAGUUCAAAUUAGUACAUACAUCACUUCAGUUCAUCUCCUAUUACUAGGAACUCUCCAUUCCCUGGUAUUGCAAGUGUUUUCCAGAUGCCCUUAGCCAUUGUCUUGUGCUGUGGAAAUGGAAGAAACCAUCUUCACAGACUGUAGGAGAAUUCAGCAUAUAAUUUCUUAAUAAAUACUGUUUCUUUUAAAACAAAGUUGGUGUGUAUCUUUCUUUUGGGGUGCACUUAGUUUUAAUACUUGGUUUGAAUUUUUAAGUAACUUGUAAUGCCACAAAAUCAAUGCAACAAUGAAAGUAGCAUAACUUUAUUAAUAUGCAUAUUAUAUGUUCUUUAUGCCUUCAC